GCGACCCACGUAGCCAGAUGGAUGGGGGUCUCGGGAGCUAUAAGUGGCCAGGCCAGGUCCGCUGCCCGCGUCUCCAGCCAUGGUGCUCGUAGGGCUGCUGCUGCUGCUGACCCUGCUAGCAGGUGCACGCCUGCUGUGGGGCCAGUGGAAGCUCAGGAACCUCCACCUCCCACCUCUGGUGCCCGGCUUCCUGCAUCUGCUGCAGCCCAACCUCCCCAUCUAUCUGCUCGGCCUGACGCAGAGACUCGGGCCUAUCUACCGGCUCCGUCUGGGGCUGCAAGAUGUGGUGGUGCUGAACUCCAAGCGGACCAUUGAGGAGGCCUUGGUCAGGAAGUGGGUGGACUUUGCCGGCAGACCCCAGAUACCAUCCUGUAAGGGGUGGGGCUCUUUCCUGAAGGAAGGGGCAGGGGCUGCAGGAGGCGGGGAAAGUCAGGUCUGUGACUUCCUUGGUCAGUUCGACCCCCGCCCCCAACCCCUACUCACAGACAAAUUGGCGUCUCAGCACUGCCCCGACAUCUCGCUAGGGGACUACUCCCUGUUCUGGAAGGCUCACAAGAAACUCACCCGCUCAGCCCUGCUGCUGGGCGUCCGCAGCUCCAUGGAGCCCUGGGUGGAGCAGCUGACCCAGGAGUUCUGUGAGCGCAUGAGAGCCCAGGCGGGGGCCCCCGUGACCAUCCAGAAGGAAUUCUCUGUCCUCACCUGCAGCAUCAUCUGCUACCUCACCUUUGGAGACAAGGAGGACACCUUAGUGCAUGCCCUUCACGACUGUGUCCAGGACCUGAUGAAAACCUGGGAGCACUGGUCCAUCCAAAUUUUGGACAUGGUUCCCUUUCUCAGAUUCUUCCCCAGCCCUGGCCUCCGGAGGCUGAAGCAGGCCAUAGAGAACAGGGACCACCUCGUGGAGAAGCAGCUGAGGCGGCACAAGGAGAGCAUGGUGGCCGGCCAGUGGAGGGACAUGCUGGACUACAUGCUCCAGGAGGCGGGGAGGCAAAGAGUGGAAGAGGGGCAGGGACAGCUCCUGGAAGGGCACGUGCACAUGUCGGUGGUGGACCUUUUCAUUGGUGGCACUGAGACCACGGCGAACACCCUUUCCUGGGCUGUGGUGUACCUGCUUCACCACCCAGAGAUUCAGUGGCGGCUGCAGGAGGAGUUAGAUCGUGAGCUGGGCCCCAGAGCUGCGGGCUCCCGAGUCCCAUACAAGGACCGUGCCCGGCUGCCUUUGCUCAACGCCACCAUCGCUGAGGUGCUGCGUCUGCGGCCCGUGGUUCCCCUGGCCUUGCCACACCGAGCCACUCGGCCUAGCAGCAUCUUCGGCUACGACAUCCCCGAGGGCACCGUUGUCAUCCCCAACCUCCAAGGUGCCCACCUGGACGAGACAGUCUGGGAGCAGCCGCACGAGUUCCGGCCAGACCGCUUCCUGGCCCCUGGCGCGCACCCCAGUGCGCUGGCCUUUGGCUGCGGGGCGCGAGUGUGCCUGGGGGAGCCGCUGGCGCGCCUCGAGCUCUUCGUGGUGCUGGUGCAACUGCUCCAGGCCUUCACACUGCUGCCGCCCGAGGGCGCCCUGCCUUCGCUGCAGCCCCAUCCGCACAGUGGCAUCAACCUCAAGGUACAGCCUUUCCAGGUGCGGCUGCAGCCCCGGGGGGGGAGGGGCGAAGGCCCAGGGCCCAGGUGAGCGCCUGUGACCAGUGACCCCGCAGGACGCACCCUAGUCACGUGCUUCAGUUCCUCCUUUUAUUGCUCCCUUACGAACCCCUUCCCUCCCCCCUGUAAACAUGGUGCUGUGAGAUCGCGGGUGGAGAAGGCUUCCGCUGGCAGCUGGAUGGUGAAGGUGGCCCCUGGCUCUUCUCUCAGCGCAACCCCUCAGUGCUCGGCAGUCGUGGUGGGCGCUGGAGCGGGGAGCGGCCGCUCAGCCUCCCCUGCCCGGGGGCCGGAAGCUUCUUGGUCUCAGCUUCAUUUCCGUGAAGGGCACGGAGAACUCGAAGCCCUUCCAGUAGUACCAGCUCACUCCCUGGGAAGGGGUUUGUUGAGCGAGUCAGAGCUGGACGUCCCAUCGGCGCCCACCUCUGCCCCACGCUGGGGGGAUGGCUCCCAGACAUCCAUCCGCCUCCCUCCCUCCCUCUCUCCUUCAUAACCAUCAACUGCGAAGGACUGAGGCCGAGUCCUGAGCUGUCCCUUGACAUCCAAUAAACCACCUCCUCGAGAUAA